AUGACGUCCCUCAGAAGGGCACUUCCAGUCCUUCUAUUCACCGUUUCACAUCUCACCCGUGCCAAUGCUGCUCUACCGGUCACGGUUGGCCUGCGAACCAGCUGGCCAGCCCAUAAUCUGCUUCUAGAGAUCCUAGAGACGGCAGCGCUUGAUCAGCCGCAGAGUUUCUUCCCACUUGUGGACCUCCUAACGUCACCUGAUACGUUUCCGGAACCCUUGGGGAAGCUUUCACCAGAAGCUAUUCAUCAAGCUGCACUGGCACUUUUCCAACACCACGGAUUCUUCACACACGACACGCUGAAACAAUUCGAGCUCGCACUUUCCUUACACGUCUCCGCUCCCAAGCUCGAGGCGUUUUAUCAGUUUUACAAUGAUCGAAACUUGGAGAAUAUCCGUCUGCCGAAUGGGUAUAUCAGUGAUGGCGAUGGUUGUGGAAGUUGGAUCGAUUGGUAUGGCUCACGACUGUGCUCAAGCGAGGACUUGCAUGCGGUAUUGUCGAGAGAAGCCCUAGACGCUGCCUCGGGUCAAUCUGCCACUCCUCCAAAGAAAGCCAAGCUGCUUCCGUUUGAUCACAUCUAUCCCGACCCAGCGACUACCGUCUUCGCUCCGCCACGGACUGCGAUUCUCUAUGCAGACCUGACAUCGCCAAAUUUCCUGGACCUCCAUAAAACUCUUAUGGAGUCUGCUGCCGCUUUCCCUCCCAAAAUCCAAUAUGUCUUCCGCCACGUUCCCGCACCCAAAGUUGUCCCGCCCAAAGGGGAGAGUCCAGCACCUGUCAAGCAGCAGUAUCUUACCGGAUAUGGAGUGGGAUUAGACUUGAAGAAAAUGGAUUAUCUUGCAUUGGAUGAUAGACGGUCCCGCAAUUCCGCUAACAACGAUAUCAAGGAUGUUGCCAUUGAAGAGAAUGCGCCGCUUGUGGACAUUGUUCGCGAAAUUCUCAACAGCUUGCCUUCUUCAUCCAGCGAGCCACUGAACCUGACAGCACCACUUACCAAGGAGGAGUUUCAAUACCUUGGUGUCCAGGCAACAUCUCUCAUCCUGCAGUCGCAAAAUCCUUUGGACACAUUCAUCCAAUUGGCGGAAAAUUUCCCGCUGUACGCUACAGAACUGGCGAGAAAAGUCGACAUCAAUGGGGAGCUACAGUUUGAAAUGGCAUUCAACUCGCGACGCGUGCCCAAAGGGAUGAGCCUUCUCUGGCUCAACGGCAAGCCUAUCGAGGACAUGUCCUCCUUCAAUCCUUUCAAUGUCCUGAAUAUGCUUCGAUCUGAGCGUACAAUUAUGGAAGGUCUCACCUCAUUGGGAUUGACAUCUACUCAAGCCCUGGAAGCUCUCGCUGGCCAACCGGUUGCAGAGUCGUUUAGUCAAGGAAACUUGUUUGACGGCAUUUUCGACGCUUCUGACCGUCCAGAGGGUGGUGAUGUCAUUCUUUGGCUCAAUGACUUGCAAAAGGACGAUGCAUACAAGGCGUGGCCCAAGGGCAUUGAAAGUCUUCUGACGCCCAUCUACCCGGGUUCUUUCCACACGCUUGGAAUUAACCUAUGGAAUGUUGUUCUCGCAGUUGAUCUAUCGAACCGCGAUUCUCUUAUUUGGAUCUUCAAGCACGUGUCGAACAUUAUCAACAAGAAGUUCCCAUUCACGUGGGGAAUCGUCCCACUCGUAGAUACACCAGAAGGUGCAAAGGCCGCCAGAAUUUUCAACUACGUCCAUAAGCAUUACGGACCAAAGGAGACAAUGGACUUCAUUCGAUCACUCAUAGCAGCCCAAUCAGAGGGAGAGACCAUCGACUUUCUGAUAGCCAAUGCUUUCUUCAAUAAUCUCGGGAUAAACGUCAAACCCUUGCUCCAAAUAGAGCUCGAUGAGUCUGUAUCCCAUGACUAUGAUACAGUUCUGGCAGGGCAAGAGCCACACUCGGUCGAGCGAUUGGCCAAAGCGGAACGAUGGGCUAAACGUAUGGACGUACAGAGUCGCAAAUGGGAGCUAGGACACGUUUUUCUCAACGGAAAACACUUCCCUCUGGAUACAAACUUUUUGGUAUCCCUCCAACGAGAAGUAGGCUUACAGACUCAGUAUCUCCAAACUGAGGUCCAAGUCGGACGACUGUCGAGCAACCAACCUGUGGAUAUGUCGACGUACUUCUAUGAUCUUCCUUCGACACCUAAGCGUCGUAAUCGCUUCCUCUUCCCGGAUCCUGAAACGUCCCCUCUUCGGGUUGAACGACUGGAUACUCUAUUUAGGACGUCUGGUUUUGAAUGGCCAAAUGAGGAUCUGCUUUAUCCGGAGGGAACGGAGUCGCUGCUGGCGACGGUGUGGGUUAUUGGCGACCUUGAUGAUUCCAUCGCUAGGGGGAUGGCCACAGAAGCAAUGAAAGCAUUGGACGUCGAGAAGAACUUCCGCCUCGGAUUCAUUCAUGCGCCGAGGACAUUGCCCUUCUCCGACACGACAUCCACUCCACGGUUGUCAACUGUCCUGCAACAGCUCUCGGGUAGACUAUCGACUCUCUCUCUGCCAGCCUUUGCAGAGAAGUGGGAAAGCGAUGCUCCAAACCCAGUCAACUCUGCCGAAUACCUCAAAUACUGCAUGUCAGGUCAACUUCUGGCGCGUGACAUUGGCCUAAAGCCGGGACAAACAGGCUUACUGGUGAAUGGAAGGGUUAUUGGUCCACUCGAAGCGGGUGAUUUCGGCGCCAUCGACUUUUCUCCGAUGCUCGCGUACGAGAAGCAACGACGAGCGACGCCCAUCCUGGAAGCUCUGAAGGAGAUUGGGUUCAGCGAAGAUUCCAUGGACAGAACUACUUUCGCGGAUAUGAUUUCGACUGCCGCAUCCAUAGUGGCCUCAGUACAAAUUCCGGACCCAAGUGCCGAGGGUCUCUUCAAUAUGCCACAGCGUCCUCGUCAGCGUCAGUAUCGUCAUUUGGAUUCGAAGCAUUCGAAACUCACCAUUGGCGACGAGUCCAAGGCGUUGUUCCACUUUGCCGUACUCCUUGACCCAGUGUCGGAAACUGCACAAAAGUGGGGUGCUCUCAUCAAGUGGCUCACGACGCUCGACUCUGUAUAUCUCGAACUUUACCUUGUCACCGACCAAACUCGAGAAGAGUUACCACUCAAACGCUUCUAUCGCUCAGUAUUGCGAGAGGCGUUGGUCUUUGACGAUGUCGGAGAGGAAAUACCUGCAAUGGCUACCUUCAAGAACCUGCCGGAGGAACCUAUCUAUACUCUCUCGAUGGACGUGCCGUCUUCGUGGCUCGUCCGCCCACGGGAAUCUAUCCACGAUCUGGACAACAUUCAUCUAUCAGCACUGAGCAGCCAUGAGAAAGUUGCAGGCGUAAAAGCCCUGUUCGAUCUCGAUUUCCUCGUGAUUGAAGGACAUGCUCGGGAUACGACGUCGGGAGCACCUCCGCGCGGCCUGCAACUUCAGCUCACAAAAUACGAUUCGACACCGAUUGCCGAUACGCUAGUCAUGGAGAACUUGGGGUACUUGCAGUUCAAAGCCAAGCCUGGAGUUUUCCAACUCGAGCUCAAACGUGGGCGUGGGGAGGACAUCUUUACUAUUGAGAGCGUUGGCAAUGCCGGUUGGGAUAGUCCGCCAGUGGAGAGCGAGGCGGGAGCGGAGGUCACGCUUACGAGCUUUGAAGGCCUGACUCUUUAUCCACGUUUCCGCAGACAACAAGGUCAAGCAGAUGCAGACGUUCUCCAACCACCACGUAGAGAGGGCUUCUUCUCAUCUGCGGUACAAAAGGUGGUUCAAGCCGUCGCUGAGUGGAUUCAACCACCUCCAGAAAGUCCCGAGGCGGAUAUCAACAUCUUUACUGUCGCAUCUGGACAUCUAUACGAGCGGUUCGCAUCGAUUAUGAUUGCGAGCGUCAUGAAGAACACGAACAGCACAGUCAAGUUUUGGUUCAUCGAAAACUUUUUGUCACCUUCCUUCUUGGAGUUUAUUCCUCACUUGGCGGAGGAGUAUGACUUCCAAUACGAGCUCGUCACGUACAAGUGGCCAUCCUGGUUGCGCUCACAGAGGGAAAAGCAGCGUGUUAUCUGGGGAUACAAGAUUCUUUUCCUGGACGUCCUGUUCCCCAUGGAUCUAAAGAAGGUCAUUUUCGUCGAUGCGGAUCAAAUCGUGCGCACGGACCUUCAGGAACUCGUCGACCUUGAUCUACAGGGGGCACCAUACGGAUAUACACCUAUGGGUGACGAUAAUCCGGAUAUGGAAGGUUUCCGGUUCUGGAAGACGGGCUAUUGGAAAGACUAUCUGAGAGGCAAACCGUAUCAUAUUAGUGCUCUCUAUGUCAUCGAUCUCGUUCGCUUCAGACAGCUAGCCGCCGGUGAUCGGCUUCGUGGCCACUAUCAACAACUUUCCGCUGACCCGAACUCGCUGGCCAACUUGGAUCAAGAUCUCCCUAACAAUAUGCAGUUCGAGGUUCCAAUCUUUUCGUUGGACAAAAACUGGCUUUGGUGUGAAACCUGGUGUAGCAAGGACCGUUUGGACCAAGCGAAGACGAUUGACUUGUGUCAAAACCCGUUAACCAAGGAGCCCAAGCUCUCGCGUGCACGUCAGAUCCCCGAGUGGUCUCAGUACGACGCAGAGAUUGCAGCAUUUGCGCGUCGUUUGGUGCAUGAAGGCAAGAUUGGCGAAACUGCAUUGGGCGCAGAAGUCGAUGCACUUGCGGGCGAGAAAAAGAGUGAUGUCCCGCCGGCGUCGUCUGAGGAGUCUACGUCUGCUUCCCCAGGCGUCGCAGGACAAGAGCCGCUGGUGCACCCCGAGCUGUGA